GCGCCCGAGAACAUCCGUGGACGCGCGUUUGGCUGAGCCAGUGCUAGGAUAGCGUGCACUACGUGUGCGCGAUUCGACUACUCCACUAGAGAGUGUAGCACAGACACAAAACCUUACGUGCGUCACGUAGCUGCCUCUCCGACCGACCAUGCCGGCCUUCGCGGAGAGCGCCGCCGACCCGCCUCUGGCCGACAGCUACCUCGCGCUGCUGCGCCGCGGCGAGCGCGAAGGCAUUGCACCGUCGACCGAGGGCUCGGCCGUGCUGGAGCGCGAGCUUCCCAUGAUAGACCUGAAGUGCCUGACGAGCGGCGGCGCGAGGGAGCGCACGGCGUGCGCGGACGCUAUGGCGAGGGCGGCCUCGGAGUGGGGCUUCUUCCAGGUGUCCAACCACGGCGUGAGCCGGGCGCUCCUGGAGGAGAUGAGGCGGGAGCAGGCGCGGCUCUUCCGGCUGCCGUUCGAGACCAAGGCGAACGCCGGGCUGCUCAACGGUUCGUACCGGUGGGGCACCCCGACGGCCACGUCGCUCCGGCACCUCUCGUGGUCGGAGGCGUUCCACAUCCCGCUCGCCAGCAUCUCCAGGAAGGACUGCAACUACGGAGAGCUCGUCUCCUUGAGGGGCGUGAUGCAAGAGGUGGCGGACGCAAUGUCGCGGGUGGCGAGGACGGUGGCGGUGGCGCUGGCGGGGCGCCUGGGGCACGAGGCAUCGGCGGCCGGGGGAGCGUUCCCGGCGGGGUGCGACGAGAGGACGUGCUUCCUGCGGCUCAACAGGUACCCCGCGUGCCCGUUCGCGUCGGGCACGUUCGGGCUGGUUCCCCACACGGACAGCGACUUCCUCACGGUGCUGUGCCAGGACCAGGUCGGGGGGCUGCAGCUCAUGAAGGACGCUCGCUGGGUCGCCGUGAAGCCCCACCCGGACGCGCUCAUCGUCAACAUCGGCGAUCUGUUUCAGGCGUGGAGCAACAACAGGUACAAGAGCGUGGAGCACAAGGUGGUGCCCAACGCCAAGGCGGAGCGGUUCUCCGCCGCCUACUUCCUGUGCCCGUCGUACGACUCGCCCGUCGGCACCUGCGCCGAGCCGUCGCCAUACAGAGCCUUCACCUUCGGGGAGUACAGGAGGAAGGUCCAGGAGGAUGUGAAGAGGACCGGGAAAAAGAUUGGGCUCCCCAACUUUCUCAAACAUUCUGCCCAAUGACGGCCCGCAAGGAGAGCAUCUUCUGCUUUUGUUACGGUCGAUGUGAACUCGACCUAAACUGUACAAGAAUAUUAUCUGGGCUUCGAGUAGGUUCCUUCUUUUUCCUUUUUUGGCUUAGUUGAUAGGUCCCUAUACAAGAGAGUAAAUGAAGAGGACGUGCGUUCUUAUCAAUCAAGUUAUCAUCGAGUAAUUGGCGCCUGAAGGGCAUAUUUCGUGUACCGCAGUUCCCCUGUUCUGCGUUCUGUUUGUUUAUCUACUCGUUUCGCAUUUUUAUCAAUAAACCUACA